AUGACAAAUUUUAAACAAACAAACGAAGACAAAGAAAUAGUAAAGAAAGCCAAUAUUCAGGGAAAGAUUAAAAAUAUUAUUUAUUUUGACAAAUAUGAUCAAAAAUAUGCCCUGAUUAUUAAUAAAGUUGCAGGUUUAUAUGCUAUCAGACUAGUCAAAUAUGAGAGUAAAAAACUUUCAAUUGCUCAAAAAGAACAACUCGAUAAUGCUCCGGAAAAAAUUAAAAUAAGGGCAGUCAAAAGAUUUCCUGACCUGAUGGGAUUUUAUCAAUCGAAGGAGGAAGCUUACGGUGAGGCUGUAAAGAUUGAGGGGGAUACGGAAUUAAUAAAUCAAUGUAUUCAUGAAAUUGAGACAUAUGAAGAUGAAACCGAAAAUAAUAUACUACUCAUAGGUACAACUGGUAGCGGCAAAUCUACUUUGGCCAAUGUAAUUAGUAACACUUCCGAAUGUAAUGAAAGUGGUGGCUCAGUUAGUAAAACUCUACAUUUUCAAAUCAUAAAUUUCGAAUGGAAUAAUAUUAAAUAUCGGGUGGUUGAUACCGUUGGAAUAGGUGAUACAAAUUUAUCAAAAGAAGAAGUUUUGUAUAAAAUGGGAGAGGCUAUUCAUUCAAUGAAAAAUGGGAUAAAGCAAGUAUUUGUAGUAAUAAGAGGAAGGUUUACUAAUGAAGCAAUAGAACCUUUUGAUUUCGCACAAAAAAUUUUUAAAAAUAGCGCCGAGCAUAUUACUAUUAUUAGAACUGGAUUUGAAGACUUUGAGGAUGUGGAAACAUGUGAAAAAGACAAAAGUGAAUUAAUGACUUCAAAUAGUAAAAUUAGUAGAAUUCUAAAUAAAUGUAAGAUCAUCCACGUUAACAAUCCUCCUGAAAGUAAAAGGAGAUUAGUAGAUAAUAAAAAAGAUAGAGAGAGCUCUCGAGGAAUAAUAAUGGCACAUUUAGAGUCUUGCCAAGAUAAAAUGAUCGCUUCUGAAGUAGACAAACAAAUAGGGGAACAAUUGAAUGAAUCAAUAAGGCAGAUCAUGCAAUCAGAAGGGGCUGAAGGAGAAUUUAUAGCAAGUGUAAAUAAUCCCGUUUGGGGUGAUGCAAAAUUUAUUGAACUCGUUAGCUAA